UCGACGACGCGCGGCUAGAGCGCGCCAGUUUAUCGUACACUUAGGACAGCGAAAUCUUUUAGUGGUGUUGUUCAAUAGUGUAGUUGUGACACAGAAAUCGAUUCAAUACGCAUUCUGCAUGUAUAAUCGUUCGGACCGGAUCCCUGCCUAAUUGCCAUGGAUUCCAUUCGUUCAAAAAAAACAACUCUGAUAGAUAUUCUCUCCACUGAUGCCAGUUUUAUUUUGCAACAUGUUCAGAGGGAAAAUCUCAUUACUGGACGGGAGUACAAGAAUCUUUAUAGCAUGUCUCAAGAUGGAGAGAAGACUACCAUCGAACUGUUAGACAAAAUGAUGAACAAGGGUGACGACCACUGCAAAAGGUUUAUUUCUAUGUUGAGAGAAAGUGAAAUUGUUGGCACUUUCCCAGCACUGAAAGAGCUCCUUAACCCUCAGGAAAAUGUCCCUCAUCAGGAAAUUGCUCAGGCCGCAACAGAUAAUCCAGACAACAACUCGGAUAGUGCAUAUAAGAUGGUCAACAAUCCUCGUGGCCUCUGCAUAAUCAUCAAUAAUGUGAACUUUCAAAAAUUAUCAACACGAAAUGGAUCUAGUGAAGAUGCAGAUGCUUUGGAGCAAGUCUUCACUUGGCUGAAUUUUAAAGUGGAAUGCCACAAAGACCUGACCAAAGACAAAAUGAAGUCUGUUGUACAAGAGGGCAGUCAGAGGGCUGAUGGAGAUUGCUUUGUCUGCUGUGUCAUGAGUCAUGGCGAAACAAAUGGUGUGUUGGGAUGUGACAGUGAAGUUGUUACCGUAGAAGAGAUGAUCACCCCCUUGAAAGGAAACAACUGCCCAAGGCUAGCUGGAAAGCCUAAACUGUUCUUCAUCCAGGCUUGUCGAGGGCGUCUUUUUCAGAAUGAAGCGAGGAUCCAAGCUGACAGCUCUCGUGAAGACAACCAGGGUUUGGAGAUGGAUGCUUACCCCGGGGAAAUUAUCUCUAUCCCAGCAGAUGCUGAUUUUCUUGUCUCCAUGGCUACUGUGAAUGAGUACUUCUCUUUCAGAAACAGCAAAACAGGCUCAUGGUUUAUCCAAUCUCUAUGCAAGCGACUCAGAGAAGGCAUACUCAGGGGGGAUGACAUCUUGACUAUUCUCACCUAUGUCAACGACGAUGUCAGCCGGGAAGAAGGGCUCAUCAGAGGAAAGAGAGCCAAACAGGUCCCAGACCAGUCCUUCAGACUCCGGAAACGUCUUUUUUUCCCAGUGCCUGACAGUCCUGAUCUGUAACUAUCUGAACAUUUGUGUGGUCGUACUAUCACAUUUUAUUUUUCUAAAAAAAGAAAGAAAAACAGCCAAUUGAUAUAUUUUUAUUGCAUUGCAUAGGAUUAAGUGAUAAUGAUUAAUCAAAGGGAACAAAUGUAUGUACAAAAAGUGUGUGUGUGUGGGGGAGGGGGCAGUGCUUAAACAAAGAUUUACAUGUUCUACGACUGUGCCUCAUUUC